CAACUUGGAGAAUUGAAAAAAUUAAAUUCAAUUUUGUUUCUUUGAUAAUUAAUUUAUUUUUUCAUUGGAUUAAAAGUGAUUAUUAAUAAUCUUGCUGAUUGUUUGAUUGGGACCUUUUUCUACACUGAAUCUGUUUUGUGCUCUUGCGAGAUAAUUGACCUGAAAAAAGAACAAUAGAUUAAUCUGGUUACUGGUUAAUUCCAAUUGGAACAAGUUGUUUUCAUUUUUUUGCUCUUUCUUUUUCUCUCUCUUUCCCUUUCUGCUAUUUCACUUUCUCUAUUUUCUAAAUUUGCUUUUUUUUCUAUUCUCUUUUCUUUUUUGCUUUACUUUAUUCUCUGUUUUUCUUUUUAUUCUGUUCUAAAUUACCAAUUAAACCCUCUAGAUUAACUAAUAACCUUUUGAUGACUUGCACCAUUGCUUAAGAUGAUUUUAUCGGGUGUCUCCGAUUCCUGCUUCAUAAAAUACUUACAACAUGUCAUAUCAAAGGGUUGUUCUACGUGGAAUUCUUAGACAAUUUGAAUCAGGGGAGAAAAGGCAAUGGCCUGUCUACCUGAGAGAAUUAACUAAACUAUUUGAGGGAUCACAGUUUAAUCGAGCAAUUUAUGAGAAACCUGGACGUAUAAUUGAUGAUGUAACCAGAGUUUUGGCUCGUGUUUUGACCACAAAACUUUUCCCUGAUAUAAUUGAAGAGAUAAUUGUUUGCCUAUCAACAUUCGCUGUAUCUCUAAAUUACCAUUGUAAAGAUCUUUUCAAUUGGAUAUUUGAAUUGUACAAUUCAUCAGCAGUUCCAGAUGAGACUAGAUUGGUAUUAUUACGAUCGUUGGUUAAAAUCAUCGAAACCAAUUGCAAUGCUUUACCUGAAAAUAUGCCCGGGCUGAUGGUAAAGAUUAAAAAAGCUCUUGAAGAAGCUCAAACCGCUGAAAUUUUACUUGGAAUUACUGAUAUUUUUCUGGCUACUGCCGAUAAUUUUUCCAAUGUUUUACAAAUUCAUUUUCGUGAUAUUGUUGACAUUUUAAUCGGUUGGCAUUUGGACUCUUCUCAGUCACCAGCGAUUGCAGCUAAUUUAGCUAAGGCUUUCAUCUCAUUCAAUAGCUUUUGGAUUAAUGAUUUUGACUUUUCUCUUGACCUGUUGGGACAAUUUCUUGAAGACUUUGAUGUUUUUUACAAAAGAUUAUUGGAAAAUCAUGCAAACAUCGAAAAUUUACCCGAUAUCAAACGUUCUUCCGAUGAAAAAGAAUCUUCACCUUCUUCUCCCAUUGAAAGUCCAUCAAAAGAUUUAUCCCAAUCAAGUUUUACCCUAAACAAAAUGGCCUCACUGGUUCGGGUCUACAUUACGGUUCUCAAAAGUCUCGAUGAAUAUGCAUCACCAUUACGCAAUAAUAGGAUCACAUGGGAGUUUAUUGUGGACUCAUUACAAACAAUUCUUACUUCUGUCGAGCAAACCAUGAAAUUUACUAUGUUUGAAUCUUUAAUUGUCUCCACCAAUGAAUGUGCCCUUUUCAUCUUGGACAUUAUGGCCAACUCUAGAGUUGAACUGAUCCAAGAAUGUUCAUCACAAAUUAUACCUUACAUUUACUCCAUCCACCAGAAUAUGAUUGAUGUAAACGAUGCCUACAUUUUGACCACACUUCAAUUAAUUACCAAGAUUGUCCGAGCACUAAAUGGAAACCUACCAAUUGAAUUUAUUUCUAAUCUUCUUAAACCACAAUCUAAUUGUCAAAGAUUACGGUUUAUGCCUUCACGUCCAAUUCAAGUUGCACUUUUUGAUCUUCACCAUUCAUUACUUGGCUUGAAAAAUGUUCCUCUUCUUAAAGAAACUUAUGGCUCAUUCCUGUGUGACCUUUUCUCAGCUUAUUCAUGUUUAACUGGUCGAGAGAUCACCUUACCCGACGACGAUGAUGAUAGUAAAAACUGGAAUGAAUAUAAAGUAACAUAUGAUUUUGAGAAAUCGGAAAUUAUCAUUGAAUCAAUAUUAAUAUCGUUAACUGAGAUUGGUAAUGCUAAAAAUUCAAUAAUCGGAAUGUGGGCUUUACGGCCAACCUUUUUUGACCUGUUAACGAGUUACAUUGAUCCUACCAAUGAGACAUUGAUUGAGAAAUCACCACGAGUACAACAUAACAUUUUGUAUAUUCUACAUUCUCAUUGUAGUUUACACAAUCAUUUCAUCUCAAAUAGUAAUCUAAUUACCGAUACAAGUGGAAUCUCAGUUCUCUUUGGUACUUCACCUUCGUCCGCUUUCACCACAUCAAUUACAUCUCACACCACAAAACAUUUUGCCAAGAUUCAAAACAUUCUAACCUCAAUUCUUUCUAAACCCAAAAUUCAACGAGAGACUAAAAAAUUAUGUUUAAAUUGGUUCUACAAAAUUUUAAAGAGUAGUACUUGUCACCUUUCCCGUUUAAUUCAAUCUCAAGAAUUUACCAGCCUUAUAUCAGCCGUUUCUCUUUACCUGUUUGCCAAAGAUUCCAGGUUAUGUUUAAUUGCAUGUGAUUCAAUGAAACUACUACUCCGAUCAAAUGAACGACUACUUAGUGCCGAUUUACUCAAAGUUGUCCGACAAUCAUGUCUCUUUAACAUCGGUCGUAUUGAGAGUAAAAUUGUCUCAAGUUUUCUCGAUCUUUAUGCAGCCCUACCAGUUAACUGUUUCUCUUGUUAUUCUGGUUCAAUGAAAAGGAUUCAACUAAAUAGAUACGAUUAUCUAAUACCUGACGACCUGAGGAUCGCUAAAAUGGCCCUUAUGAAAAGUGAACCUAAUUCGGAAUUUUCUUCAAAUUGUUUUAGAACUGUUCUUACAUUUCUCCUUGAAAAUCCAACCCUCGAAGAUGAAAGAUGGCUUCAACGUUUAUGUCAAACAAGUUCAACCAAUGGUAUACCCAAAUUAACCGAUGUUAAGGCCAAUAAUCACGAUCAAAGUGGAUUCGGUGCUAAUUCACAAUCUUUGGCAGAUAUUUUUGAUAACAAUCAAUCAGCUCUCAUCUUCUGGGCUUGUUGGCAAAGUAUUCAAUACUGUAUUGUUAAUAAAUUACGAACACCAUUAGGUAAAGCUCAAGACACAUUUACUAAAAUAGAAAUGGCCGUUAAAACGAAAGCAAUAGCCGUUCAAAAUACUGUGGAAACAAAGAAAUCACCUCAUCGACAUGAAUAUCUUCAAACACGAAUGUUAAUCCUUUUAAUGGAAAAUCUUGACAAAUUAAUGUACAACGCAUACGAAGGUAAUGCUAGUCGGCUUUAUACUACACCCAAAUUGGCCAAAUCUUUUUUCCGUACCAACAAAGCGACUUGCGUUGAAUGGAUGAACCGUAAUCGUAGGUCAUUAAUGAUAAUCUCCCUCAAAUCGGGUGAUCCUGCCUCCGUUUGGCGCCAUGGUCAAGAAUUGUUAAAAGAGAUGGUCAUUAAAUCACAGAAUCAAGAAGUUGAAUUUAUUUUAACGCUUAUGGUUCAAGCUUUGAUAGAGUUGAAAGCAAGCGAUGCAAUAGCGGGAUUAUAUAUUUGGGCCAAAGAAACGCUUGGUACACGAUUUUCAUGGAUAAAGUGGGUUGUCGAUGAGGCUCAAGGAAAGUACGAAAGUGCAUUAAUUGAUUAUGAGAAUUACUUGACCAGCCUUGAGGGUAAAGAACUGGACUCGUCACAAAAAUUGAUCAAAGAUUUUAUUGAAAAUCGUCUUCUAGAAUGUCAUCAAAGUCUUGGAUCUUGGAGUGAAGCCCUUUCGUGUUUCAAAGUUUCCCGAACUAAUGUUCUCGAACGUCGGAAAAAUAGUUUCUUCUCAGGUGAUCUUGACCUUUCCUACCUCUCAAGUUGGCAAACACUCGAAGAUACAUCUAAAUGUGAAUACAGUUUUCCACAUAUUCUUUCAUGGGAUAUUCAAUCAGUUUAUCAUCGAGCUCAAUCUCAACUAACCAGUGUCAUCAAUCUGACGAUAGCCAAUGAAGAGAGUAACCGUGUAGCGAACCUUAAAACCUUAGAUCAAAUUUGCUCGGCUACAUCAUCAAUCCUUACGACACCCAUUCUGGUCAGUCCAUCUUCAAUUUGCCAAAAAUCGAUGACAGUUCACAAAGUUGCGUUCAAUCUUCGUCAUCGAGCAAAAUCUCAAACCAAUAAUUGGAAUCCGUGGACUCAAUCAAUAUCAGAUGAUCUCCGUAAAAUGGACUGUUCCGUUCUCGUCCAUGCUAUUGGCUGGUUAGAAAAGUGUAAAAAUAUUGACUCCCUAAUGUCAGAUUCUGGAGCGAUAAUUAAUGGUCUAAAUUUUACUGGAGCCAAAAUCGCGCGAAAACAAAACAACCUCAAAUUGGCGCAAAAUUUAUUGGUCAAAUUUGCAAAAUCAGCUAAUAUUAUACAAAACACAAACAGUUCCAACCAACUGGUCAGCGAUUUGAUUGACACCUCAUCUGCAUCUCAUUUACAAACUCAUCUCAACUUAGCCCUUGACACUACUAAUCUGUCUCCCGAUUAUCCGGCAAUUGAGAAAUUAAAGUUCCUGAUUGAAGGAUCAAAACUAUUACAUGCCCUUGGGCACACAAAGAAAGCGGGUAAUACCUUAUUAUCCUGCAUAGAGACAAACUUUGUUCUGGUCACUGAUCCAGCAUUAAGCUACUUUCAAGAAUCUUUGUCCAAACUUUUGUUGACCCUUGUUAAAUACUCGACCAUUGAUGGAACCCUUCUUGAACAAAUUGACCCAACCAGUUAUAGUAAACUUCACGAACUGGUUAACUCAAUUAACCUUGGAGUUAAUUGUAAUAAUCAAAUUUUUGACAUGAAUGACCUAACCAGCGGGAAACUUUUACAAUUAGGUGUUCAAUACUGUCCACAAAUGCCAAAAUCAUGGUUCAGUUUAGGUGCCUGGAGCUAUCGUUGUGGUAAACGUUUAAUUGACUCCGAAGAUUCUGAUAAACUUGAUAUAGAUUCAGUUAAAUCGUCAAAUGAAGGUCCAUUUGCUUUCUACAAACUUGCUGCCAAUUCUUAUUUCAAAUUUCUUCAUCUUUGUGGUGCUGGAACUGAGGAUUCUUAUGUUACUGCAACUUUACGUAUUUUACGUUUAAUUGUUAAACAUGCAUCCGAAUUACGAGAUAUCCUGGAAACUGGACUUUCAACAACUCCCACUGGUCCAUGGAAAUCAAUCAUCUUACAAUUGUUUGCUAGGCUUGGUCAUCCUGAGCCUUAUGUCCGUCAAAGUAUCUCUGAACUACUUUGUCGCAUUGGAAAAGAUUCACCUCAUCUAAUUGUUUUCCCGGCGGUUGCAGGUUCUUUUACAAGCAACAGUGAAGAUAUAUUUUUUGAAGGAAAAAUAACUGAAAAUCAGGGUAAAAACUUUGAAGAACAAGAAGAUUGUAAUGUUCUUUGUGAUUUCGAUGACGAUGAAGGUGCCGAAGAAGACGAAAAGAAAGACACUUCAGUUAUGCAAAACUGUUUCGCUGCAUUGGUCGAUGUUCUUGGCCAACAAAAUCCUGAACUCAUCUCACAAACGAAAACCUUUAUCCAUGAGCUUCGUCGGAUUAUCAUCCUAUGGGAUGAACUUUGGAUUGGUACACUAAUGGGACACCUUGGGGUUAUGAAGAAACAAGUUACAGUUCUGGAAGAUGAAAUAUCGAGAGUGUACAAAAAUCCUUCUCUCUCCAAAGAGGAAGAGGAAAUUAUCGUCGCUAAACAUCGAGUCUUUUUACGUCGCGUUAUUUAUAUUCUUGAACAAACUCAAAUGAUAACCAAUGAAGCACCAGAAACACCCCAUGAAAAUUGGUUUCAGAAAAGUUUCAACAAAUCAAUUGUAUCAACAAUCAAAUUACUGAAGACUCCACUCAAUCCAUCCAAACCUCAGCAAAGUUUACUCAUCUAUCAGCAGCUUCUUCAGUCACUCCAAAAGAAAGCAUCAAACUGGAAUUCAGCUCGAUCUCAACACAUCAUGAGUUCAAUCAGUCCCAUUUUAGCCAAUAUGGAGAAAACUGUGAUACCAAUGCCUGGGGCAAAUUUCAGUGCCGACGGAACCGUGAUAACCAUUGAAAAAGUUCAUAAAACUGUUACUAUCCUUCACACUAAAACAAAGCCUAAGAAAAUUGGAUUCUUUGGUUCCGAUGGUAAAACACACACUUACCUGUUCAAAGGACAUGAAGAUUUACACCUCGAUGAGCGAAUCAUGCAUUUCUUAACAAUUGUAAAUAAAAUGUUUGCCAAAUACCCGAGCAAUAAGAACGACAAAUCGACCUCUUUCCGAGCUCGUCAUUACUCAGUUACCCCGUUGGGAACCAAAUCGGGUCUAAUUCAAUGGGUUGACGGAGGAUCUGCCUUAUAUGGUUUCUAUAAACGAUGGAUGCUCAAUCGAACUGCCACCGCCGCCGCUGCAACAAUUAAUCCCAAAGACGAUAACAGUAAGGUUGUCGUUCAACCUUUGAACGAUAAUGCAUACAAACCAUCGGAAAUUUUCCAACGUAAAUUGGUUGCCAAAGGAAUUUCAAGUCUUAAUCGAUCAGAAUGGUCGUUACCUGUUCUUGUUGAAAUAUUGAAAGAGCUAAUGGUUGAGACACCAAGUAAUUUAAUUGCUCGUGAAUUGUGGUGUGCAUCAACUAACGCUUUUGAGUAUUGGCAUCUUGCUCAAACUUUUACUCAAUCAAAUGCCGUUAUGUGUAUGAUUGGUUAUAUUAUUGGUCUUGGUGAUCGUCAUCUUGAUAAUGUGUUGGUUGAUUUAUCUACCGGUGAAGUUUUUCAUAUUGAUUUUAAUAUUUGUUUUGAAAAAGGGAAAACCCUUCGAGUACCUGAACGAGUCCCAUGUAGAUUAACCCAAAAUAUUGUCUCCGCUUUUGGUCUUACCGGGGUUGAAGGAACCUUUCGUAUCUCAUGUGAACAUGUACUUAGAGUACUUCGUAAAGGCCGUGAGACUUUACUUACCCUAUUGGAAGCUUUUCUUUACGAUCCUCUAAUUGAUUGGACCCUGGGUCACGAGGAAGGUUAUACUUGGUCCAUUUACGGCGGUGGACGUAUCAAUAUACUGAAAGAAAUGUUUAUUACAAAGUACCAAAUGGAACGAGAAAAUGCCGAAGCAAUGUUGAAAAUUCGUAUUAUCGAGACUCGAUUUAACUGGACCAAUGUAAAGGAAACUUUAACAAAAAUUUUGAUUACCAUUUCAAAUUGUCUUCAGGAGGCUGAAUAUUCAAAAUUUCCACCACUUUCAGCAUCAUCUCAGAAUGAAACUAAUUGUCCAUCUUUAAUAACCAAAUCUGAUCAAUCAGUGAAAGAAUUAAAUUCAGAAAAAGAAUCAAAUAUAACACUAAUUACCUCUCGUGAUACAACCAAAUCGUCAUCAUCAUCGUCUCGAAGUCUUAUAAAUGAUCACGCUUCUUGGUCCCAAAUCAAUGAAAAGCUGGUUCCAUUGAAGAGCAUCAUAAAUAACCAUAACGCUCUUCUGGCUGAAAUUAAACAUAUAAUUAGAGCUUUAUCUAAAUUAGAAGAAAGAGAAAUGGGACUUGAGAGUAAACAUAAUGGGCCCAUUAAUCAGUAUUACCUGAUUCACCGUAAAUUCAUCGAGAAUAUUUACAAACUGGUUAAGGAACUUGAACAACUUUCAUCCGUCAACCUCCUCUCAGGCUCCAACAAUAUACUAAGUGCUAACAAUCUGACUAAUAAUGUUUCACCGGACCCAUUAUCAUUAACAUCGUUACAACAGCAUUAUAAUGAUAAUAGUACAGAAUUGACGAUUGACACUAUUAGGGAGCGGUUGAAUUUGGUAAUUAAGUUAAUUGAUCCUGUUUAUGAUACACUACUUGAUCUAGUUGGUAAAGAUUUUGAAUCGAAAGAUUUUACAUUGGCAGCAUUUUCAGGGAAACAAUUUUUAACUCAAUCAAAUUUAAACUCACCAAUCAAACAAAACCAACAACAACUACAGUUAACUUAUAACAACAACAAUAAUUUUAAUAAUAAUAAUAAUAACAAUCAUCAUAAAGAUAUUGUUAAUGGUGAUGAUACAACUAUUGCUGGACCAUCAAGUGACCAUAAACAACAACCUGUUAAGCAAAUUAUUGGCCUAGAAAGAAAUACCUAUGCUACUAAUGUUUGGAAAAGAGUAAAAAUGAAACUCGAUGGACGUGAUCCUAAUCCGGUAAACCGAAGCUCAAUCUCAGAGCAAGUUGAUUAUGUUAUCAAAGAGUCAAUGAAACUGGAAAAUUUAGCUCUCAUGUAUGAAGGUUGGACUUCCUGGGUGUGAUAAUGUAAAGAAUGAAAAUAAUAUUAUAUAUAUAAAUACCUUUUGAAAAUAUU